AUGUCAGGAUGUCAAUUACGUGACGAAGGCUCCUCCAACAUCCAAUCAUCAAUGUCAACAUUAUCUACCACAUCAUGGUAUGUUCAACCUGACAGCUCCACAAACAUAUUAGGAGUAGUAUUUAAUUAUUCUAGCACAUCAACACCAGGUUCUUCGCCCAACGACAUCAUGCAUAUUAGACCCAAUUUGAAUCCAGACAGAUCAGAGUAUAUGCAGAUCAAAACUCACAAGGAUAAUUGGGACAAUCAGAGAACACUGUGGAUAGACGAACAACAAGGAAGUACCUUAUCAGUUGACGACAGCCACUUACACUUUCAGGGCCGCCCAUUUCUGGCAAUCAGAACACGGCUGCAAUUAAUAGAGGGUGAGGGAAGUACACACCCUCUCACCAUGACUUCCAUCACUCAGGGAAAAUAUGUCGCUGACAUUUCCGGAAGUGCAAACAAAUUAGAACAAGGUCCUGUUGGCGAAGUAGGUGGAAUCCGGCUUCCCCUGCAAUCUCUGCAUGGCUAUGGUUCGGUCUUCAUGUAUUCGGCUUCGACGAGCACUGGGGGCAGCGGAGGUGUUGUAGGCGUUAGUAGUGGUGUUGGUGGCAUUACCCAAAGUGGUAGUGGUUCAAGUGAAGUAACUCUGCGCCAACGCGAGCCUGAGGAUAUACCGGAGGAGAUGCUUGCAAGGCUCGAAGACACUGCGACUUUGUCCAUAUCACUUCAGGGUGACGCUCUCCUCAGACUCGGUGCUGACACUACGGGAAACGGAAAUUUGGAGCUGUUCGAUAGCGAGAGUGGGCCGGAUCUCACGUUAUCGCCUCAAACGUUUACAUCCACUGCUGAAGCCUUUAUCAAUGACAAUAGUGACAGUCUUGGGGUACCUGGUGACAAUGACACGGGCAGUGGUGAAGAGUCAAGGACCGGUAUGGGAGAUCCCAGCAAAUUGGGGGUGAAAAAACCAAGGCCGAAAGCUUCUUCGCCGAACAGACAAGGACCUCAACAGUGUCAGGUAUGUGGUAAAGUGUUCAACAACGCAUCGGCGCUUACGAAGCACAAGCUGACGCACAGCGACGAGCGAAAGUAUGUCUGCACGAUGUGUGGCAAAGCGUUCAAGCGGCAGGACCACUUGAAUGGUCAUAUGCUGACACACCGCAACAAGAAACCGUACGAAUGCAAGGCCGAGGGCUGCGGCAAAUCCUAUUGCGAUGCGCGCAGCCUCCGUCGACACACGGAGAAUCAUCAUGCGGGAAGUAAAGUAAACGAAAGUACGAGCCCAAGUAGCCCGGUUACAGGGCCCAAUACCCCUAACACACCUGGGAGUAACCCCAGCACGCCAAGUACACCUGGAACCGUCCCGACCUCGGCCGCACAGAAUGGACAUGGUCACACAGCCCUUAAGCAGUUGCUUGCAUCUGAACCCGCGUCCACACAACUCAAGGGAUCGAAUGGUUUAAGCAACAGCAAUGAUAGUUUAACGAAGCAACAACUCGAGCUUAUCCAGCAAAUAAUGCAACAAACUCAACAGCAGCAGCAAAUUGUACAAUCACAAAGUCAACCACAUCAACACCAGCAGCAGCACCAGCAAAGUACAAACGAAACCACCAUUAGCGGUCAAGUGCAGAAAAAUGGACUAAAGCCCUUGGUCAAAUCAACGACAACGAUUUUAGGUCCAAUUGUAAAUUCUGUUUCGGCAAACAUCGCUGCUAAUGCUAGAUCGAGUCCUAAAUCUAAGAUCUGGAAUCACGUACAGCUAUAUUUAGAAAUUAAUGGUUUAUUAAUAAGAUGUCAGAUUUGUAUAGACAUAAAAAUUAGUUACCCUAACAUCAGUCUAGAGUAA